AAUUAUUACGAACCAAACUUUUAAAACAUAAAAAAAAAAUUUAUAAAUCAUGUGACUGAAAACUCAACGCCAUCUUGAAAAUUAAUCGACGAAUCAUCCGUACGCUUCAAUUCUAAAUAUUUAUUCAAAAGUUGUAACUCUAAAAAAAAAAAAUCAAUAAAAAUCCAAUUAAAAAUCGUAGAAGAAUCCAAAAAAAAAAAAAAUCGAGCGAGUAAACGCGCUGUAGAGUGCCACACACGGGUGCGUGGGGUGGCAACGUGACGGCCUGCGAUGGGCUCCUAAUUGACUCCAAUUGUUCUAACCCAGUCAUGGUGUAUGUUUUGUCGUAUUUGUGUCUACUCGCGGCAACCCUAAGUGCUCUCACGCCAAUAUUGCCUCCAAUGUAUGCAUGUUGUGCUCCAAUUCAUAAUACUUCACGAUUUAUUGAUGAGAACAAUCCAAUACAAGAACGAUUUUAUGGCAGUAUUUUUAGCGUGAGUAGAAUCACUGACUUAGCCUCAACAUCUCUAAAUAAUCUUACCUCAGAUAAUACUCAUUCAGACUUCAACACUCACGAUAUAACGCUUAAUAAUCAUGUAAAUGUAAAACUUAGUAAUAAUGAUGUGGGUGAUGUUUAUGUAACCAAAGUGAAUCGAAAACAAAGUGAAUUCAGUGAUAGUGUAACGGAUUUAAAUCGUGCAAAUCGUUUACCGCGUCACGUAAACGAUUUAAUUAGUGAAGUUGAAGUUACGACACAACAUUCAACGAUACGUGCGUCAAGAUCGUUACGAACACGUCAUAAUCAUAAUCAUAAUAAUACAGUGACGUUACAACAUAAUAAAAGUGGAAGUGGUGAUUUAAAUGGUGAUAUCAGUGGUGCAGGUGGUGACGAGAACGUAUUUGUUGAUGAUACUGGUGGACGAAACGAACGUAGCACUAAUUUAUCCCAUAUAACGGGCACAUCCCGUAAAAUCCAAAUGUAUGUCAGUGUCACAAAUCGUUUAUUACAGAUCCUGUCUGAUGGAACUGUGAAUGGAACCAAUGACGACAGCAUUUACACAAUUUUACAAAGGAUUCCUGUCAAAGUUGGACAAUUACGGAUACAAGGAGUAGCUUCGUGUCAAUAUUUGUGUAUCGAUGCUUGUGGAAUACUUUAUGGUUCUAGAGAUUUCAACAAUGAAGAUUGUGUAUUCAAUGAAAUGAUUGAAACGAAUCACUACAACACGUACUCCUCAGCGAAAUAUUCCAACAAGAAUCGAACAAUGUACCUCGCACUUACCAAAACUGGACAGCCACGAAAAGUGUUGGUGAAAUCAACGCAUUUAGGUAAAAUGGCAGCGUAUGCGCGAGUACUCACCAAACCAGUGAAACCGGAACGAGUCGAUCAACUAGAAAUCGAAAUGCUUCGCAUUCUACGUACAACGCAUCCUCAUUCACCAGACCUACUCGAAUUAGAGAACAGUACUCAACAUCCGUUACGUCAUCAUGCCUCCCAUCAACUAUUAUGUCCAUCGGUGGAUCACACGAACGGGGAAUCCAACACAGCUAAAAAUACGAAAUUUCGAUGUCGUAAACGAAAAAAACGAAAGAAAAAGCGUCGAAAACCUCUACAUUCAAAUAAUCGUAAUCGUAACGGUGAAGAUUUUGUGCCAAAACAUAGAAAACAAUGUAGUAAUAAAAAUCCUAGUAGUAAUAUUAGUAAUUCAGAAAGUCCAAAUCAGAAAUCCAAAGAGGGUAUCGGUUCGGGAAUAAAUCGAACAACCACCGAUAGCGAAAUUAGUAAUGAUAAUAAACAUAAUAAUGAUAACAUGAAUAUUAGUAGUUCUAGUAAUAUUAGCAGUAGCAAUAGUUUUAGCAACAUUAGUAAUAUUAGCAGCAUUCAUAAUACCACAACCAAUGAAACAUCAAUCGUAGCCAGUCAUCAUAGUAAUCACAGCCAGCAGGGCAAAGUAGGAGGCUUCAAUAAAUCACGUAAAGGUGGCACCAACAAAAAACACUUUGUGUUUACAUUCGACGGUGAAAUUCAUACCAAUUGUGAUCAAUACAAGAAUGCAAACAAACAUCGAAAAUGUGAAGAGGCGUUACAACGACAAUCAGCCAAAACGUCGAAUUUUCACAAAGGGGAGGUGGACGCAACAAAAACAAAAAAACGAAAUGUCGUCCACAAAAACGGAAACAAACACGGAAUAAACAAAAAAAGCAACGUAAUCGCUUGUAAAUAUACAUCAUCAUCUCAGGCAAACAUACCAACGUCUACGGCUUCGGUUCAGCCUUUUUUUGGGGAUGGUAUGGUCCCAUUGUUAUCAUCCACUACAUUGUCACCGUCUACCGUUGUGGACGAGCAUGACGAUGAUCACGAUCAUGAAUGGAUCGAUGAAACAGUGACGGGAUCUGAUCUCACAGAUCUUACAUCCACUGAUGACGAUGGGUCCGAUUUAUUUACUGCCACAACACCACAAAUAUCAUUACGUCAUCAUACAUUCAUUACAUCAUCAUCAAAUCAUGCAUCAAAUCAUGUUCAAGUUCCUCAAUUAACACCGCAAGCUCCACCUCCCUAUAACGACCUCGAUGAAUUCGACGAAUUCGAUGAUACUAGUUCAUUCAACGAUUAACCUAUAUAUAUAUACUAUAUAUAUAUAGAAAUGUAUAUCAAACAUUUAGUAGUCUUAUUUAUAUAAUUUUUUUUGUACUUACAUUAUACUUUUACCUUCCCCCUCCCCCCUAACUGAUGUAGGGGGUCACUCUCCAAUUGUCUACAUACAAGAGAAACACUUUCGAAUUGCUACCCAUACACGAACACUUUUGUAAGAGAAAAAAUUG